AUGUUCCCAUCCGAACCUCCACGUAGGCAGGACUUUCAUCACCCCUCCAAGUCGCCUGCCAUGCCCCUCCAUGAUCCUCUGCAUCCUUCUGUCAUUGACAAGCUCGAUCCGGCUUUCGUGAGCCUCUAUAAUCAGUAUAUCGCAAAUGGCCCCCAAUGGCCAACCGAUAUCAAUCUGGUUCGUCAAAACUAUUCGGCCCUUUACUCGUAUGCAACCGCACCCGCCACCGGUGUUGGCGGUAUCGGAGAAACAGAUGUUCCUGGUUGGGCUAAGUACCCAGGUGAUAUAAAUGUUCGUGUCUAUGUACCACCUGGAGAAGAGCCUGGAGAACGCAAGAUAUGGCCGGUUCAUUUCAACUUCCAUGGUGGGGGUUGGGCUGUAGGCGAUCUCGAGACAGAUGCUCAUCUGUGCCAUCACAUUUGCGCCUCAGUUCCUUGUUGUGUUAUCGACAUCGAGUACCGGUUGAUUCCCGAGUAUCCGUUUCCUGUCGGAAUCAUGGAUGGACUGGCAGCCGUGGCGCAUAUCCUAGGAGACCACCAUAGGUUCUCCAUUGAUCCAGAAAAUGUCACUUUUGGGGGUGAAUCUUCUGGCGCUACAAUCGCACUGAUCCUGAAUCAUCUCUUCCGAGAUGGCGGAUAUGGCGAUCAAAUAAAAGGUGUGAUAGUUGGAACCCCAACCAUCAGUGAUGUUCGAAAAUAUGCCACACCCGAUAUGAGCCCUUGGCCAAGUAUGCGAGAGGCCGAAUAUGCUCCUCUUCUACAUUGGGCAAAAUUGAAAUGGUUUGACACGUUCAAAUGGCAAUCUCUUUCAAGCCAGGAUCCUGGCAUCAGUACUAAAGAACAACAACGUGAUAUUUCCUGGUUUGCUGACGCCAUGAAUGCACCGGACUUCAAAAAUCUUGCCUCUCUAACUUAUAUUGCGACCGCCGAAGUGGACCCUUUGCGAGAUGAAGCUGAAGCAUAUGCGAAAAAGGUCGAAGAUGCCGGAAACAAGGUCAUUCAGAGGAGGUUCAAAGGUGUUCCACAUCAUUUUAUGCACAUGGAUCAAAUUCUUCCACAAGGCCGCGAAUAUGUUCAGGAUGUCAUCACCUACGUUCGGCAGUGUCUUUAUCCACCUCAACCGGCUGCAGUUGCAACUCCACCCGAAACAUAG